AACCGUCUGUUGUUCUGACUGCUCAUACGAAUGCAGCAUCGUGGUCUCACAUUAGUGAGAGAGCCGCGUUCGUGAGUCUUCCGUCAAUGUUAAGACCAGCUGUUAACAUGCAGAAAAAGCUGGCAGCGCAAUAUGUGAAAUGCUAGUUCAAUUUCCAAGUCAAGAACUGGCAGAAAGGGCAGGAGAAUUGUUCUAGGAAAUAGAACCGGCAGAGACACGAUGGGCCGAACGACCUCCUUCUACGCUGUAAUAAAUCUGUGACUCUGAGAACGAUUGAGAUUUUGGUGGGCCUGGAUCACUUACUGACGAGGAGCGACAGUAUCGGGGACAGUCGUCUUUCUCAUUCAAGAGUUCAUUAGUCUUACGCAUUUAAAACGUACCUUUUUAAUCUUGGAGUUUCUCUCGGAACAGGAACCAACUUCAUCGUGAGAUCUGACUAAUUCUGUUCCUCCAAGGAAUGUUGCAAAAAAAUUAAUCAUGGCAACUGUUGAACGUUUUCCCCUGCGUUUACCAGAAUGGAGUGUGGGUCUCCGGAAAUUCAGAUAUGUAUUCUUGAGUCCUCCCAAUUCAGUUAAUGUGUGUCAAGAGUUUCAGGCGAAGGCGAACUUGACACCUCUUUUUCUUGGUGCUGAUGUUGUUGCAAAAACUGGCAUCCGCACUGAAAAUCAUCCAAGAAUCCAUGCAAGAUUUGCAAAGAAAGGAUUAGCAACCAAGCUCAGCUUUGGUGCAGAAUUUCGAUUUGAAGGAUUGAAGGUACCAACUGUGGUGAACAAUUUGUGGUUUUACAGCAUUCAGGGACUGUUUCAAGUUGCUUUUGAAAUGUACACGAAAGACCAACAGUUAGAAGUCCUUGUUGUACUUCAGGAUUUGUGGAAAGCAAGGAUAAGUGACCCUAAUCUGAAUGAAAAGUAUGAUAUUAAGAUUCUGCAAAAUUACCCUAAAGAAGGAUUGCUUGAAAAACACACUCUUGAAAUAAGUGACAACAGAAGUUAUAAUGCAUUGCAUUCAAGCAUUCAAGGUGGUAAUCCUGAACCUGAUAUCAAUGUAUAUAGGACAGCUGCUUCACCUUUGGAUUCUACCCACAAUAACAUCAUUGUUAAUCAGGAUGACCAUAACUAUUGUAUGCAAGAAGAAAGAAUUCUACUGGAAACUGAAAAACCUUGUGCGGAUAACCAAUUAAAUGUGGAGGCUUUGGAAUAUGAUUCUUUGUCUAUUAGAUUUAGAUCAGUUUAUCAGGCUUUUAAAGUUUUACCAUUUCAAAUACAAAAGGAACAUGAGAAAACAAUUAGACAGUUGCUUGAUUUUGUAGAACUCCUAAUAGGUGAAAAUAUAUCUGCACAGAAAUUGGCUGAUAUGAUGCUACAACUGCUGACACAUCUUCAAGACAUCAUUGUCAAAACAGAAACCACUGCAACGGGAGCUAAUUCCAUUUAUUGUAGUCACAUGCUUUAUAGUGUAAGUAACUGGUUGGGACAUCAAUUUCAUUCUGCUAAUGGCUUGAUCAGCAAGCAAGUAGAAGAGUUUAAAACAACUCACAUCGACAGAAUCACAGACUUGCCACCUGCUGAGGAUUUGGUAGAUAAAUUAUUUCCUGAAGCAAUGAAGGUUUUGCUGUUAAGCUGGAUGGGGCUUGAUGAUAAUUCUGCAUUGUGGAAACGGCAAAGUGAAUAUCCAAUUGUGCUGCUUAUAUUAGAGUUUGCUAAUCAUAAUCUAAUCACUGGUGUUGCUCAUGUACUGUAUUCUAGUUUGAUCUGUAAAUAAAUAGGAGAUUGAACAGGA